AUGGCAACGUCUGAGCACCGUCUUUUGUAUCCGCCUGUGAAGGUCUCUGGCCCCAAGGAGACCCGGAUACUGGAUCUUUUACCUGGAAGCUGGCAUGACGCGCUUGCUGUCACAAUUCAAGUAGUCUCUUUGGACACUAGUCCAACAUAUAAAGCUCUUUCCUAUGUCUGGGGUCCAAGUACUGAAGGCCGGUCAGUGGUCAUGGAUGGCACACAUGGAAUGCCGAUCACGGACAACCUCCAUAGGGGCUUGCGUAGGAUACGGCAAGAACGCAACAUUACCACUCUCUGGAUAGAUGCGAUCUGCAUUAAUCAGGACGAUGUAGGUGAGAAGUCACAGCAGGUGGCAAUGAUGGGUGACAUCUAUCGAACAGCAACAGAUACGAUCGUAUGGCUGGGAGAAUCAGAACGGACAUCUUCAAUACACCUACGCCCGGUGUUUGCAUCUCUGGUGUCGUUCGAGUACUACCUGCAUUCUUGGACCAGCGACAUCUACUGGAUGGUGCAGCAGUAUGUGGCAAGUCACUCUGGCGCUGUGCAGGCGGCCGCUGAACAUCACGAGGCGGAUCGGGUUCCCCCCUGGUACAGUCGUGCAUGGACCGUCCAGGAAUUUAUCCUCUCCCGCAACGUUCACCUGUACUGGGGCAGAGCGAAGAUCAAAUACAGCCGUAGUACUCUGCCGUACGAUAUGGUAAUGGUGGUGAGUCCUGGCAUCAUCUCCAAGGCGAGAGACAGAUGUGGUGUGGAUGUCUUCGAUAUUAAGCACCGCCUCAAUAUACUCGAGGCUUUCCGCGGCAGUGAUUUCGCUGGACAGCGUUUGCUAGAUGCUUACAAUGCGCUCUUUACUUACAGUGGGCUUCCACAAGCGACCGAUCCGAGGGAUCGAGUACACUCGGUGCUUGGCCUGAUUGAUGCUGAAGAGGCGAGGCUGAUCGGUGUUGAUUACAAUCUUACAUGCGAGCAGGUCUCGGCAAAGGCUACGUUUGCUUCGAUCAAACGGUACGGUGAUCUGGAGGCCUUGUUUUAUGUUCAGCUCAAGAGGCCGUCGGAGAACAGGGUACCUUCUUGGGCGGUCGACUUCAUAUCCGCUAAGAUACCCAAUUGGUAG